AUGAAUGAGAAAGUUGAGUGGACGCAUUGCAUUCCUUUUUGGCCUGAAAAUGAUGCCAACAAACUGCUUGUUAGAGUUGAAAAUUCUGAUCUCCCCCCAAAGAAGAUAAAUUUUGAUCAGCAAGAAAACUGUCUCCUACUGCAUUUAGACAACAAGCUUGGAGGAAUUACAGUGGAUGUUAACCUGACUGAACAUUCUACAGUGAUUACCUUUUCUGAUUACCAUGAUGGCGCAGCUCCAUUUCUGUUGAUAAACCAUACUAACGACGAAAUUAUUGAGUAUGGACAAAGCUCCCUUAGUGAAUUGGAAGACUGCCUUCAGCCCAAUAAGGCAGUACUGUAUACUUGGGCAGACCCAGCAGGAUCUAGGAAAUUGACAUGGAAAUGUGGAAAUAGAACCGAGGAAAUUUCUCCAAAAGAGGACAAAAUGGAAAUACUCAGAGUGGAUUGCAGAAAAGCUGUCUAUUUAAUGUCAUUUUAUGAAGGUUUGCAGCGUAUUGUCCUGAUCACUGAAGAUGAGAAUGUGUUUAAAUUGACAUAUGAAAGUGUAAAAGCAGAACUAGCAGAACAAGAAAUUAUUCUGUCUUUGCAAGAUGUUGGAAUUUCACUGGUUGAUAAUUACUUAAAACAAGAGGUGUCCUACAUUGGAAUUACAAGUUCUGAUGUGGUUUGGGAGACAAAACCGAAGAAGAAGUCAAGGUGGAGACCAAUGAGUGUUAAGCAAAUUGAAAAAUUAGAACAAGAAUUCAAAGACUACAGUGAGCUGAGUCCUUCAGAAAAUAAGAUUAUUGAGUUGGAAUCAAAUGUUUUGGUAUGUUUAACUCCUAAUGGAAUGGACAUGAAAAUUCAACAACCAAAUGAAAUUCCUAUCAGAAGGAAUUAUCUGCCAGCUUUAAAAGUGGAAUACAGUUCGUCUGCACAUCAGAAGUCUUUCAGAAUUCAAAUUUACAGGAUACAGAUACAAAACCAGAUUCCUGGAGCCAUAUUUCCCUUUGUGUUCUAUCCUAUUAAACCUCCAAAGUCCAUCACCUUGGAUUCAGCACCAAAACCAUUUACUGACGUCAGUAUUGUCAUGAGAACUGCAGGACAUUCACAAAUAUCUCAUAUUAAGUAUUUUAAGGUCCUGAUUCAAGAGAUGGAUCUCAGAUUAGAUCUCGGCUUCCUGUAUGCACUUGUUGCGUUGUUUACACGGACUGAUUUGCCAAGUGACCCAGAGAUACAACAUUUCAAAAAGGAUGUUGAAUGUCUUCAAGAAGAACUGAUGAGUGUGUCAUCAAUGGAUACAUCACAAAUCAGCUUGUAUGAAUACUUUCAUAUCUCUCCAAUUAAGUUACACUUAAGCUUUUCACUCAGUACGGGUGGAGAAGAUAGUAAUAAAGAAGAAGGAAAGAAUGAACUGAUACCACUUCAGUCCUUGAAUCUCCUGCUGAAGAGUAUAGGGGCCACCCUCACAGAUGUACAAGAUAUUGUUUUUAAGUUGUCGUUCUUUGAACUCAGAUAUCACUUCUGUACUACACAACAGCUCCAAUCAGCAGUUGUAAAACAUUAUUCGAAACAGGCUAUUAAACAGAUGUAUGUUCUUAUUCUUGGCCUUGAUGUCUUGGGUAAUCCCUUCGGAUUCAUAAGAGGCUUGUCUGAAGGAGUAGAAGCAUUCUUCUAUGAACCAUACCAGGGAGCCAUCCAGGGUCCUGAGGAAUUUAUAGAAGGAAUGGCACUAGGACUUAAAGCACUAGUAGGGGGAGCUGUUGGUGGAUUAGCAGGUGCUGCCUCAAGAAUCACAGGUGCUAUGGCAAAAGGAGUAGCUGCAAUAACCAUGGAUGAGGAUUACCAGCAAAAAAGGAGAGAAGCUAUGAAUAAACAGCCCACUGGUCUGAGAGAGGGUAUCACUCGUGGUGGAAAAGGAUUAGUUUCUGGUUUUGUCAGUGGCAUAACAGGAAUAGUUACAAAACCAAUAAGAGGAGCUCAGGAAGAAGGAGCAGCUGGUUUUUUCAAAGGUGUCGGAAAAGGCUUAGUGGGAGCAGUAGCUAGGCCUACUGGUGGAAUCAUAGACAUGGCAAGCAGCACAUUUCAGGGUAUUAAAAAAGUUGCAGAUUCAUCAGAUGAUGUGAUAAGCCUGCGCCCACCUCGCUUCUUUGGUGAAGAUGGAGUUAUUAGACCUUACAGAUUAAGAGAUGGAACUGGAAGUCAAAUGUUACAGACAAUUGAAAAUGGAAGAUUUGCAAAACUCAGAUAUAUUGCACAUGCUAUGGUCAACAGUACAGAUCUGUUAAUGGUAACCAAAAGUGGCGUGUUAUUUGUGACAAAAGGGACAUUUGGACAGCUGAUAUGUGAAUGGCAAUACACUUACGAUGAAUUUACCAAAGAACCAUUCAUUGUUGAUGGUCGAAGAUUGCGCAUUGAAGCCAAGGAACGAGUUAAGUCAGUGUUCCAUGCCAAAGAAUUUGGAAAAAUUAUUAAUUUUAGAAGUCCAGAGGAUGCUAAGUGGAUCCUUUCUAAACUGGAAGAAGUGAGAGAGAAUCAACCAAAAUUGUAAUGAAUGGAAAAACACCAAGAUAUGAAGAACGGCUACCUUUUAAUUCCUCUUUAAAAAGCAGAACUAUUUGAAUAUCAGCAACAAAAACAAAAACAAGAAGGAAGGAAUAUUUAUCGAAUUGUUUGUUAUGGUCACAACAGUCUAUGGCUAUAUCACAGAACUAGAUGAUGUUAAGUUAAAAAAAUACCUAAUGAUGAAAAGAUUUUGCCAAGUUUGGGCUUGGUUUUCCAGCUUUUUUUAAGAUAAGAUUCCAAAUUUCAUUUUUUUAUAUAAGCAGCAUAAAGUGAAUUAGUCUUAACAUUUGAUAUUGAAAUUGAACUCUGGAAUAAUUCUUAUGAUACUAUUCAGAGCAAAUGUUUCAGUUUUGAUUCUGAAAAUCAAUACUUAAUUUAUGUCUUGGGGCUGUUUUGAAAUACAAAUUUCUUUCUCAAAGGAAAUGUUAUUCAUUAGUGUUACAACCCAAAAUAUAGGAAGGAGGCUACUGAUCAAAGAAGUUGAAUUUAGGUGAUCACAGGAGGGGCUGCUUAUUUGACAAUAUUAUUUUCUUUUUGCAAAUGAAUGGACCAGGUCAUGAUUGAUUUACAACACAGUACUGCUUUUAGUGUAAACUUUUUUAUAUUCUAGCUAAGGCAAUGUUGCAGCACCUCUGUACUCACAGAAAAUAUAACAGUUUACAAAAAUGUGUAGUGGGGAGAAUUAAUAUUUCUCUGCACUAAAAAAUAAUCAUAAAAGCCUAUUAUUUUAAAUAGAAGUUACUUACAGUCUUGCAAAUCAAGGAGGAGUUGAUGGGGUUAUAAGUGCACUGUUGCAUACCAAAAAUAAAUGCCUUGAACUACGCAAUAUUGUGUGCUAAGCAAGUGACUAAUGAAGUCAGAUUUAUAUUAAAUAAUAAAUAUAAUAUGUCACAGUUGCUUAUAUCAACUUUUCUUACCCAAUGAAACUGUUUUGUUUUGUACCCAGACAGCAGAAUUUUGAUAGUUUGAAUGUCUGCAAUUCUAUUUGUUUCUUAGAUGUAGUAGUCAUAGUGUUGUUGAAUGGCUAUUUACUGCAGUUGAUAUAGAAAGUACAUGAAGCAGUACAGUGUUACAUGAAGGCUUCCAUGAAUUCCAAUAUCAAAGUCUGCAAAACAUCUGGUAUGUAUAGAAAGUACCUGCUGCCAAAGUAUGAUUUCUAAACAAUAGUUUACAAUAUUUAUAGCUACAGGAUAGAAUUCUGAAGCUUGAGAUAUCCAAAUGGUUCCAUUAUUGUAAAAUCUUAAACAACUAGCAUGCUAACCUAUAGUUGCAGAUCUUUAAUGUACUGUAAGUCUUGCCACUGGUGUUGAGUAACCAUUUAGUGGGUUACAAAAUACAUGUAAUCUUGCAAUUUUCCCUGUAAAUUGAAACAAAAUAAGAUAAUUCCAAAAUAUUACAAUGAUUGUGUUACUCCACUUGUUUGUACACCAAGCACGUACCAAGAGUAUGAACUCAGGUUAUCAUGCCAAACUUAUGUACUUUGCCUUAGAUAAGUAGUGUUCUUAAAUGCCCUGAGUACCAUUCUCUAUCUGUCAUUUGUUUAUAAUCUGUCAUUUUCAUCUUAUAUAUGAUUGUUCAAUUAACAGCCUCAUUAUUUUCUUGAUUAGUUUGUGGUCUCUUCCCUAUCCCCAGCAUUUACAGAGUCGAGCCUGCGCAGUGGAUUUUUUAGGUGAGACGCAGUGUGCAUGGAACUGGGCCCACCCUUUAAUCCUGAGGUUCAUCUGCCAGGGCCGAGCGAGCUUGGACGGUGGCAGCGAGGUCCUCAUGAUGUAGGGUUAAUUAGAGUGACCUUCUCUUAGAUGGAUGGCCCUACAGGGCUAAGCGAGCUCCAUCUCAUUUACAGAGUAUUUGCUGCAACUUUCAUUUACAAUACCUCUUGUGUGUACUUUGUACGUUUCCAUUUGUGUAGCUUUUCAGUUUACCUGAUUCUAUGUAUUUUCUUCUGUCUCUGUUUUAGUAUUUCUUACAUUUAUUUUAUCAACAAACACUGAUUCUCAAAUCUCAUCUGGCUCUUCAAUAAUAUUUGAGUAAUUUAAUCAUUAAUGUUGAAAAAAUUAUUUUAAAUAUGCAUAUUUGUGGUUAAGCAGCUCAUGUUUUGGAAAAAAUAAGAAUUCACCCCAAAUUGCAUUUUUCUUAUAGAGUAUAAAAUAUUUUGAUCUUCUAUGCUCACUGAAAGCCUUAACACAAGAGCUGAAAUGUUCAGAAGUCAAUGUGGGACCUUUCCUCCCACUUUGUUUCCACUUGUAAUGACAGCAUGAUUUUCUAUAGUUCCCUGUUCUAGUCAGUGUGUUUUUUGUAUUUCCCUAUUCUAGUCAGUAAAUUGGUUUUUUUCCUUAAACUUUCUCCAUACAGUCGUGAGUGGAUUUUACCAUUUCUUAGCAAACACCAGUUGUCACUUUUAACUAUAUAUCAUCCCAGGGCAAAGAGAAAGGUAUUCAAACUUGUGCCAUUGUGUAAUUUUCUGGAUUACUGCAAGUUGUUUGAGAUGUCCACUCUGCUGUGCCUCAUUCCUCAUUGCAAUAUGCAUAUUUUUUUCAUGAAGGCAGAAUAGGUAUAUUAAUUUUUAUUGGAAGUGUGUAUGCAAUUACAAAAGGGGAUCUAAAUAAAUAUUAAAAUGUAGGCAUUCAGUUCUGUCCACUGUGGUGUUUAAAGUAUUAUCAUGGCCUUCACUGAAAUGCUGAAGAACAGUUUCUCUUCUAGAUUACUGUUACGUAAAUUUAAUAAAUUUGAAAAAUGUCACUUGGGUUCUCAAUUUGCUAAGGGUUAGAACUACCUUUAAGAAACUGCUGAAACUUUCAUAAAUCUAGUUGUUGCAUCUCUUUUUGUUCAGCUGCAUGGCUUUCAUGGCAUGGCUCUCUUGGUUUCCACACUGCCUUCCCCCCCUCAACCUCUUCUUCAUCUUGAAUAAAGUGAAACUGAAUUUUAUUUUA